UAGGGUUUUGAACCUUAUGUCGACCACUAUUUAGGGUUUUCAACUGUAAAAGUGUAAUAAUUUGUUACGUUCAAUCGCCGGAUGAUUUGGUCUUAUCAUUCUGUAGAAUUUGGUAAGAAAAUCAAUCUAGUUUAUUUGAUUUUGGUAACAAAUCAAUAAAGUUUAAUGAUUUCUACCUUUACUCUGGUAAAGAUCUUGACUGUUGAGAAACAAAUGAUUUAUGACUAAAACGAGAGCAUUUCUCCAUUGUAUAAAAAUGGUUCCACGAAAAACCUGUACCACUAUCUUUAACAUCUUUGAGCAAUAUUAACCAUUUUUGUAAGUAAAACAAUGGUGAAGAUGUCAAUGAAGUUUGUUUUCGUUCUUUUCUUAGCUGUUACAUCAGUGAUGAAUAUUGGAACAGUUCAAAAUGUUGAAGGGAAACGUUUAUUACCUGAAGAAACUUCUCAAUUUGUGUUGGAUCAUGAAGCUUCACCAUCGUUUGUCAUACCACAAGGAAUCCACUGCGAGAAAAAGUGUCAUGUCCAAUGUUAUAUUCGCGAGAGGGCGUAUGGUUGUGUUUGUUUAUGCUAAAUUUCAGUUUUACGUUUAAUCGAAUAAAUCAAAUACGUUUUAUCGGUAAUAAAAAAUAAUUAUUUGAA